ACUGAAAUUAAGCAGCAUCCAACCUAGGCCUACUCUUACGACAUGUGACUUGCUUUACUGUUUUCCGUUUUUGUUGAAAGAGUCAUUAACAGAAGUUGAUGGCAGUUUCAAUAACAGGUCAGCACUGAGAAAAGGAUAACAGUGUAAUAUGCAGAAAUCAACAAAUUCUGAUACCUCUGUGGAAACACUGAAUCCCACUCGACAAGCCACCGGAGCUGUGCAAAUGAGAAUCAAAAAUGCCAACAGCCACCACGACAGGCUGAGCCAAAGUAAAUCCAUGAUCCUCACCGAUGUUGGGAAGGUCACUGAACCUAUAUCCAGGCACAGAAGGAAUCAUUCACAGCAUAUCUUAAAAGAUGUCAUUCCUCCAUUGGAACAAUUGAUGGUUGAAAAAGAAGGUUAUCUUCAAAAAGCUAAAAUUGCAGAUGGAGGAAAGAAACUAAGGAAAAACUGGUCUACUUCCUGGGUUGUCCUUUCUAGUCGAAAAAUUGAAUUUUACAAAGAAUCCAAACAGCAGGCUCUGUCUAACAUGAAAACUGGGCACAAACCAGAAAAUAUAGAUUUGUGUGGAGCACAAAUUGAAUGGGCCAAGGAAAAAUCAAGCAGAAAGAAUGUCUUUCAGAUCACAACAGUAUCAGGAAAUGAGUUUCUUCUUCAGUCAGAUAUUGACUUCAUCAUAUUGGAUUGGUUCCACGCUAUCAAAAAUGUAAUUGACAGAUUGCCAAAGGAUCCAAGUACUCCUUCAAGAAACCUGGAAUUAUUUAAAAUUCAGAGAUCCUCCAGUACUGAAUUACUAAGUCAUUAUGACAGUGAUAUAAAAGAACAGAAACCAGAGCACAGAAAGUCUUUAAUGUUCAGACUUCAUCAUAGUGCUUCUGAUACAAGCGACAAAAACCGAGUUAAAAGCAGAUUAAAGAAGUUUAUUACUCGAAGACCUUCUCUGAAAACUCUGCAAGAAAAAGGACUUAUUAAAGAUCAAAUUUUUGGCUCUCAUCUGCACACAGUGUGUGAACGUGAAAAUUCCACAGUUCCGCGGUUUGUAAAGCAAUGCAUUGAAGCUGUUGAAAAAAGAGGUCUGAAUGUUGAUGGAAUAUAUCGAGUUAGUGGCAAUCUGGCAACAAUACAGAAGUUAAGAUUUAUUGUCAACCAAGAAGAGAAGCUGAAUUUGGACGACAGCCAGUGGGAGGACAUCCACGUUGUCACCGGAGCACUGAAGAUGUUUUUCCGGGAGCUGCCUGAGCCGCUCUUCCCUUACAGCUUCUUUGAGCGGUUUGUGGAAGCGAUCAAAAAGCAAGACAAUAACACAAGAAUUGAAACCGUAAAGUCUCUUGUACAAAAACUCCCUCCACCAAAUCGUGACACCAUGAAAGUCCUCUUUAGACACCUAACAAAUGAGAGAGCUGAAUUCCACUCUAAAUAUAAUGAAGAACCAUAAAGAAUUCUAAAUUGAGAGAUAUAAAAUAUCACCCUGGCUGCCAAGUGGAGAAUCAUUUGCAAAAGUGAAAGCAUGGAGACCUAUCCAGAGGGGCCCAUGGUAGUCCAGGCAAGAAGAAAUGGUGGCUUCAGUGGAUGCCUUAAGGAGACAUUCUGAUGAUGAAUAAGGUUAGAUUUGCUGAUGAUUGGGAUGCAGUGGAGAAGGGAAAGAAGUCAAGUGUGUCUUCUAGGGUUUGGAAUUAGGCUAGUAGAGAAAUGGAAGUGCUUCAUAGAUGGGUAAAACUAGAGAUGCUGAAAAGGAAUUGCAGACUGGAGAGCUCCAUUUUGGACAUGUCAAGUUUGAAAUGACUGUUCUUCAUUUGCAUGUGUUAACACCUUCUUCCAGUAAUACAGAAUGCCAUACAAGUGCUGAGGCUUUAGCUUUCACCAUAUACCUUUGGUAAUGUUGAAGAUUGAUAAAGUUUCGUGUAGAUUGGGCAGUUUUGCUUUUGUGAGAUUAAAUCUCUUUAAUCACCCAACCCUUGGGUUGAGUCAUUUCCACAGAUAAUUCCACUAAUCCAAAACAAGACUUUUAAUUGUAAAUGUAAUACAUGGAAUUGCACACACCCAAAAUUUAAGCAACUGUGGUGCACAUAGGUGAAAUUAGCCUGUCUUCUUUGUACCUACCCUUCCAGACCUGUUCCUAAGCAUGUGCAAACAUACCUGUGUAUAGCUGUUUAUUUCAUUAGAGUA